UUCAAAUUCAGCCGAACACUUGGCGAGGGUGCCUUUGCCAAAGUCAAGCUGGCGACCCACGUUGAAUCUCAAAUCCGCGUUGCUGUCAAGAUUAUUGACAAGGCUGCCAUCAAGGAAGACUAUAUUCGCAACAACCUCCAUCGCGAAGGCAAUCUUUUGAAAAUCCUCGCUCACAAGCACAUUGUCAACCUCUUCCAAAUUAUUGAAACUGAGAAUCAAUAUUGCCUCGUGACCGAGCUGGCCGAACGCGGUGAGAUCUUGGAGUAUAUCGUCGCCCAUGGUCCUUUGAACGAGAAGGAGGCUCGCAAAUACAUACGGCAGAUGAUUUCGGCUGUCGACUUUAUGCAUCAAUCUAAAGUUGUGCAUCGGGAUUUGAAAGCUGAGAAUUUGCUCUUGGAUCAUGACCUCAACCUCAAAAUUGUUGACCUGGGUUUGGGCAAUUCAAUCGCUGACAAGGACUUCUUGCGCACACAGUGCGGAAGCCCCGCCUACUCAGCUCCCGAGCUUCUUGGCGGCAAAAAAUAUAACGAGAAAGUUGACAUUUGGAGCAUUGGAGUAAAUUUGUAUGCCAUGCUAACCGGCAAGCUGCCAUUUCCAAGCCAUAACGUCACAACUUUACAUGCUCUUAUUUUGGAUCAAGCCUAUGAUGUUCCAGAUCACUUUUCCCCUGAGCUCGUUGAUUUACUGAGCCGCAUCCUAACUGCCAAGCCGAAGGAUCGAAUCUGCAUGUCCGAUCUGCGAGCCCAUCCAUGGAUUAUUGCUGGUGCGUGCUUCUUCUUACGAGAUGCGCUCGCACGUGUCUGCCUUGGUCUUGCUUGUUUUCUUCUUCUUCCGCCUCUCCUCUUCUGUUUUCUUGAUAUCUCUGUGGUUCACUGGCGCUAUGAAGCUGUCUCAAUACCAAUGUCCUCUGAUUUCUUUCACAUUUUACUUUGA